UGAACCGAUGAUGGUGAAGCAGGUCGAGGAGAGAGCUGGGGACGGACUACAUUCUCUCCUAAAGGUCUCAACCAAGACGACAGGUUCAGCAAAUGCCUAACCUGCCGUCCUUCCAGGCCCACACACAUACCUGCAGGAUGGAAGUUGAAGAGCACAAGGUGGACAUCCUAGAUAUCCAGGGUGAGCUCCGGCUCCCCCCCAUGGGUGCAGGGGUCUCCAGGGCUGUGGAGGCUCUGGUGUUCCUGACAGCUCAUGGGAAGAUGAGGACCGUCAGGCCAGGCCCCCCCAGGCCACUGACCCCCUCAUCAGACAGCCUAGAGGACGACUGGGUGGUUCCCUCUGGUUCUGCUUUGCUGCAGGACUCCCCUUAUUGCAUGACGCCACCUUACAGCCCACCGCAUCUUGAGGCCACCAAUCCAACCCCGGUACUGAAACUACAUCACACUGCUAAAGAGCUUCCCCUGCAGACUGCUGGUACCCAGAAGUUCCAGUGGACCAGCGUCAUCCGCCACACUGCAGACGGCCAGCGCUGCACCUGCCACUCUCCUCUGCUGCAGGAGGACCGGCUCUCCGGGGCUCAUACGGAGGACUCUAAGCCGGAUUUGAACUCCCGUACGGACGCUAACAGAGGCUCUAAGAAGAGAAUUGCAACACAGAGAGAUUUCACUGAUAUGUGGCCAAACUUAGAAGCCAGCCAGACCCGGCUGAAUCCGUUAGGCCGGUUUGAUCAGACUAACGCACCCCGGUCGGUUCCAGCUGCUGGCAGCCUGCUCUCUCUCGUACCCGUCUGCAGCCAGAUUGUUCCCGUUUCUUCUCCAUCCCCCGCUGUAGCGCAGAAGCCUGCCAGGACCUCUGAGAGCCAGCAGCAGCACAUGCUGCCAGUGGCCUUAGCAAUCUCCGCCAUGCACACGUCACAGCAGCAGAACCCAGAAUGUGGAUUACCACAACCAAACACGGCCUCUACGGCAUCGACCACUUCUCCUGCACAGGUCUUCUUUGUGGGGGGUGAGGUGGCUAAAGGCCCUGUGCUCUUCCUCGUUCCUCAACCAUCUGUUCCUCCCGUCUGUGUUCAGCAAACGCAAGCGCCUCCUGGUGGCAGCAAGUUUGCAGCCAUCGCUCCGGCGCCCGGUCCUGCCCUUUCAGAGCCACGGCACCACGCACGCACAGCAAUGGCGCGUGUACGCAGUCAUGUUUGUCCUCAUGAGGACUGCAGGAAGACUUACUUCAAGAGCUCUCAUCUCAAGGCCCACAUAAGGACACAUACAGGUGAGAAACCCUUUAAAUGCAAGUGGGAGGGAUGUGAAAGGCAAUUUGCUCGCUCCGAUGAGCUGUCACGGCAUCGGCGAACCCACACGGGGGAGAAAAGGUUCACCUGUCCCUUCUGUCUCACUCGUUUCAUGCGCAGCGACCACCUUGCCAAACACACUCGACGUCACCUGGCGGCAAGGAAGACAUCCUACUGGACGCUAAGGGUCGCCCACCCUGCACACCUCACUGGAGUCAGAACUGUUCAACAAACCCUCUGUGAGGCGUCCUAAGUGAUUAUAAAGGGAGGAACUUUUCAUAACAGCAGUGAGACAGCUGACAGAGCAACUGUGAUGCUCUGAGUACAUGAAAGAGGGAUCAAACUGUUUACCGUACAUUUGACCAUAAACCCGUGUUCUCUUACUGUUUUAUACAUUAAAAAGUCUUGCAUAUGAGAAUCUAUAUUUGAAAGGAGACCUGCGAUUCCCAUUUUUCAUAAGCUAACACUAUUUGCUGAGGUAUAAAAUGUCUGUCAGGGAAAUAGAGGACAAAAGCCCCCGCUUUAGAUUAGAGAUGCACCGAUUUUGAGGGCCGAUCACCGAUCUCUAAAACCAGUAUCGGCCGAUCCCAAUUUUGCCGAUCACCGAUCACAGCGUGAAAUCCAUAAAUUCGUCAAUAUUGUUGUCUCAUGUUCACGACACUGACAUUGUAUUAUUAGGUAUAAAAAUUAGGAGAUUAGGUGUAAGACUCGGCUUACAAAGAGUAAGUGUAGUUUAGUAGCUUCAGCUUUCCUGUGGUAAUAAUUAUGUACAAAAUGUGCAACA